CGGCGGCUGCGCCCCGGCUCCGUGGUCGCGGCGGCUGCUCUGCCCGCGUCGGCAUGAGUUGCGCGGCUGUCGCCACCCUGACGGAGGAGAUCCGUCUGAAGCGAGGCGUUGCAGGGUUGGGGUUCAAUAUUAUUGGAGGAACUGAUUACCAGCCCAAUUGUAAGGACAGCGCAAUCUAUGUGAGCAAAAUAAAAGUUGAUGGACCAGCAGCUCUUGAUGGACGAUUAAAGGAGCAAGACCAAAUCUUAGCAAUCAAUGGGCAAAAGCUUGAUAAUGUUACGCAUCAGGAAGCAGUGGAAAUAUUUCGAAAUUCCGGCAAUGAGGUGACACUAUUGGUUUUAAAAAAGAUAAGAAUCGAGAAUGAUCAAAACAACAAGGCAUCUGUAUCACAACUAGUAAUGGCAAUUCUGGGUAUAACAGUGUUGGCAAUGUGUGUAUAUGUGAAAUAUCGCCGCAGGUUAUGAAGAUAGAAAAUGUCCUCGUCUUUUAAUGUAGGCCAAAAUGCUAAUGUCCACAUAGGCUUACUUAUCAGUGUGCCUAGCCAAAUGCUGACUUUGAAAUUAGAUCUAUUAUAGAUCUUAAAGGGAAUGUACACAUUUGUAGAAUACCUGAAUCAUUUAUAUGCCACAGAAUAUAAGCUGCAAUGAUUUUAAAAAAUAAAAUAAUAAAUAUAAAGGAUAUUACAAAUCGUAUACACAAAGUCCUUAUUAACCAUCAAAGGCAGGGGCAUGUUCUUCCUAUCGAUAACAAAAGACAUGGAGCAAUGCACUACAAAUUAACAUAUGACCUAUAAUGUUUUAAAAACAGUAGAGUGUUUAUAAAAACUACAUUUUAAAAAAAAUACUUAAAACUACUUCCAUUGUAUGUAUAAAAACUGUAAUCAUUGAUUUUUGAAAUAACGCGGUGCAGUUGUGUAAUCAAGGACUGUUCUUUAUUGGAGCAGUGCACAGCAGAUAGGCACUUUAUACGUGAUCUGGAGGGAACUGAUCACUAUUUAUACCGACGAUGAUUGGUUCCUCAAUCUGCACAUGUAUGUAAAUGUAUUUGAAAAAAUCAUGAAUGGGUAAUGGGGCCAACCUGGUGAUUUUGUGGAUCCAAAUUGGCAGAAAACGAGAGCUGAAUGUUUUAUUUUUUUUUUAAAGACCACUUAAAGAAGAUUCAGCAAGUGAUCAAACGAGGAAAGAUUUCUGAGCUAAAAGACUGUAAAAAAUGUUAAAACGUUUAAGUGAUAUGUUCAAAUUCAGUGUGUGAUCGCUAAAUACCGGGAGAAUCCUUUAUAAAAUUUCAUUUCAUUUCUUAUAUUUUUGGUAGGAAACAUAUUCCAGCAGAAUUUUUUAAAGCAGUUGAAACACUUACAUUCAAGCACGUGCAAAUGUGUAUUAUUCAUUAUAUUGCCUGCAACAGUGUAUAAGGAUAAAAUCAAAUUUUUCCAUAUCUAGUAGUUAAUAUAUUUUAAAACACUAAGCAUGGACCAAAAAGUGAUACGCUUCCUUCAAACAAAUUCACAGUAGGGUCACCAGAAUAAUAUAUGAACUUGUAAAUUGUGUGUAAACCAUUUGACAAUUGUUACUUGAUUUAAGAGCUUUCACUUUCAUAAAUGUUGCUACGGUGGUUUUAUCUAACUUAUGUAAUUUCUUUUUUGUAAAAUUAUUUUAUCAAUUAUUUGUGAAAUGUGGAUCUACUUGUAUGUCCCAUAUGAAAGUUUUUCUAAAAAUUCAGUGAUAUUUACAUUUAUAAGUCUGUGUUGGAUGCAAACAUUGGAAGACUGUUUAUUAUUAUUUUGUUUGUCAGACUUGCUAAAUACUAAUGUGUAGGGAAGAACUACAGAAGCUGGUUUAAAUCGAAGGUAGACACAAAAUGCUGCAGUAACUCAGCAGGACAGGCAGCAUUUCUGGAGAGAAGGAAUGGGUGACGUUUCAGGUUGAGACCCUGCUUCAGACUCAAUACUAAAUUAAUACUACACAGUGCUAAAUACUAAUGCUGAGCCCCUCCUUAGAAAUCAAGUUCUGCACAUGGACAUUCCCAAAUCACAUUGGUAUUUUAUUGCUCUCAGAUAACAUUAAGCACAUUCUGAUUGCAGAACAAUUGCCAAUAAUUAGCUUAACAUUUAAGUGUUCAGCUCAGCACUUUGAUGCAUCUCCCUCUUGGAUGUAUUACUUGUCGAAGUUAGCAAUAGACUGGUUGAAUUAACAAGCUUGCUUUCAUCAUUCCUUCUCAGUAGGCUGCCAUGAGACGAUGAAUGAAAUUCAUGACCAUGAUUGCUGUUUCAGUUGCAAAAGGCUGGCUUAAUGUUAACAAGCAUACAGAUUUUAUUUUUGCACAGUUACUAGCUGUAUUAUAUGAAAUUAUAACAUAAUGAAUCUCCUGAGAAAUAUUGUACUCUUAUUUACAGAAAACAUUAUCCUUUUAGAACUGUCUAUUCCUUUUAAAAUUUUCAGAAUUAAUUAUGUCUUGCAUGUUGGCAGUGUACAUUAAUAGGCAAUAGGUGCAGGAGUUGGCCAUUCGGCCCUUUGAGCCAACACUGCCAAUCACUGUAAUCAUGGCUGAUCAUCCACAAUCAGUACCCCGUUCCUGCCUUCUCCCCAUAUCCCUUGACUCUGCUAUCUUUAAGAGCUCUAUCUAACUAUAUCAUAAGUUAAAAUAAUAUUUGAAAAAAAUUGACAAACUGACAAACAUUUCAGCUCUGUGCACAGAUGUUUUCAGAUGUGCUGUGCAAUCUUUGCCCUCUGUUAUCCUUAAUAUUACCUGGCAGGGUAAUGUGUUUCUACCUUUACUGUUGGUAAUACUCACUCAAGAGUAUGGCCAGCAUGAACAAUUCUGAUUUCCCAAGUUAUUAUCAAAGACAGGGAAGAGCGCAUUGAAAAAACUACAAUAUGCUACUUUUCCGAUACUCUUUGGCCUAAAGUGAUAGGCAGCCGGCUAUCUUGUUCUAUUAUGGCAUUUUCUAUUACUGCUAUUAGAUUUUAUGAAUCUCAUGGAAAUAUGCUGGAAAAUACACUCUAGUUCAAAAAUCCCUUUCAAUGUGUUUAAAAGAAUAUUCAAACAUAGUGCCAAAUAUUAACUAGGAGUAUGAUUUAUAACCGCCUUCCUAUGCACUCAAAUCAGAUGGAUAGACUAGAACCCCACAACAUGAAAAUAUCUGGGAUUGUACUUGACCAAUGAAAUGUGCAUUCUUUUUUGCGUUAUGGUAUAGAAAUUUUGACCCAUCCCCAUGUCUGGCAUUUUUGGUCCAUGUAGUUUGAGUAGUAAUUAGUAUUAUUUAGUACAGUUAAGGUAAAUUACAUUAAUUCCUGAUGGGAUAUCCUGACACUUUACACUUCAGGGAAUCAGUGUAAGUAUGUAAUUGCUAGCUGGUACAACUCUCUCAUUUUGAAAAUGUGUGUCGUAAAUGUGAUGACAAUUGUUAAAAUUAUUUGUAUAUUGCUGCAAACUUAUAAGCCUUCUCAAUAACAGCACCACGGAGUUUGCAUAUACCUUUUCAACAAUAAUGUUUCCGGUUCUGUUAUGAUGUAGAAAUUUUCACCCGUCCCCAUGUGUGGCUCUUUUGGUCCAUGUAGUUUGAAUAACAAUUAGUAUUUAUUACAGUUAAAGGUAAAUUGUAUUCAUUCCUGAUGGAAUUUUAUGAGCCUUGUCAAUAACAGCACCAAGGAUUUUGCAUAAACCUUUUCAAGCAUAAUAUUUCCAGUUCUGUGUUGUUCUCGAACACUGAUUUUAGUUCUAAAUGUAAAGUAUAAUAGUAGCUACGAUUCUUUCUGUACAAGCCAGUUGUAGAUUGAAAUCGGUGUUUUAGACAUAAGUAACAACCCACUGAAAGCGACAGUAACUGAAUACUGAUUUUGUUAUAAAAUCUUGAACUUUAAUUGAAAUUUCUAUAUCGAUCAGGUUUCCGAUUACUGUUCCAAUACAGAAUUUUAUUGUUGUGAAAUACAAUGCCAGUGGUGAGCAUUGUAGGCAGUGAUAUCCCUGUAUUUCUCCUAUAUAAAAUGGUUCCAAAGUUUCAAUACUGUGUAAACGUGAGACAAUAAACAUAAUAUCAAUACACCCAUAUUCAUGUAGUUACAGUAUCUUUGCUGUUCGGCUGGUGAUAUGAUUUGACUUUUCUGAUUGUAUAUUGGUGCCUUUGCUGUUCUAUAUUGACAAACUGUGUUAAUGUGAUUCAUUCUUGGCACCACUGCUUACUGUGGGAAUUAUGAAAAUUGCUGCCUUUAUUAGGGAAGUUACUUUAUUUGUAAAUGACUUUUUAUAUCUAUUUCAAUAUAACUUACAUUUUCCUAUAAAAGUGAUAAAUAAAACUGCCAGAGCCAUCUGUUUUAAUUCAUGUGGACAAUCAAUGUUGAUGAAACCGCAUCCUUUUUGUCAAUGUGUUGCCUUGAUUCAUAAUCAAAAUUUCCUUUUUGAUUGGAAAGAUUGAUUGUUGGAUAUAUAUGUAGGUGUGGGAAGAAGUGCUGCUAAUUAACUUUGAAAAUUGCAUAAUGAUUCAAAAAUAGAAUUGUGACUACCGUAAUGUUAAUGAACAUGCUGUGAAAGUCUGAUCCACAUUUACUACCAGUGCAGCAAAGGCAUUUGGACAAAAGUGCGUGCAAAUUUUGUUUGUGGCAAAAUAAAUGUAUCCAGAUGAAAUUAAGUUAUUUAUGCAUAAUUUUGUAAAAUCAAUGUCUGAAAUGCAAUGGUUCAUAAAGUUACUUGCCAAAUUUGCAUUUUUAAAAACA